AUGGCUCCAGGCCAUGGCCUCCCUGCCUCUCUGGCUCUGUGCAGACCCCGAGCCCCGGCGGCGUCCGACGACAGGGCUCCACACUGCGCCGUGCCGGGCACCGUGCUCCUGCUGCUCGCCUACCUGGCUUACCUGGCGCUGGGCACCGGCGUGUUCUGGGUGCUGGAGAGCCCCGCGGCGCGUGACUCCAGCGCGAGGUUCCAGCGCGAGAAAUGGGCGCUGCUGCAGAACUUCACGUGUCUGGAUGGCCCGGCGCUGGACUCGUUGAUCCGGGGCAUCGUCCAAGCGUACCAAAGUGGGGACAUCGUCCUUGGCAACACCACCAGCAUGGGGCGCUGGGAGCUCGUGGGCUCCUUCUUCUUUUCUGUGUCCACGGUCACCACGAUUGGCUACGGCAACCUGAGCCCCCAUACGAUGGCUGCCCGCCUCUUCUGCAUCUUCUUUGCUCUUGUGGGGAUCCCGCUCAACCUCGUGGUGCUCAACCGACUGGGGCAUCUCAUGCAGCAGGGAGUGCAUCACUGUGCCCGCAGCCUGGGGGGCGCCUGGCAGGACCCUGCCAAGGCUCGGUGGCUGGCAGGCUCCGGUGCCCUCCUCUCGGGCCUCCUGCUCUUCCUGCUGCUGCCCCCACUGCUCUUCUGCCACAUGGAGGGCUGGAGCUAUGUAGAGAGCUUCUACUUCGCCUUCAUCACCCUCAGCACCGUGGGCUUCGGCGACUACGUGAUCGGGAUGGACCCCUCCCGGAGGUACCCGCUGUGGUACAAGAAUACAGUGUCCCUAUGGAUCCUCUUCGGGAUGGCGUGGCUGGCCUUGAUCAUCAAACUCAUCCUCUCCCUGCUGGAGACCCCGGGGAGAUCAUAUUCCUGCUACCACCACAGCUCCAAAGAGAACUUCAAGCCCCAAAGCUGGAGGCAGAGCCCCGAUGGGGAGGCAGAACCCCGUUUGCCACAGUCAGGCUGCUGUCCAGAGGGGCCUGUGAGAAUCAUGCAGCAUCCAGAACCCUCUACUCAGGUCUCAUGUUGUGGAAAGGGCAACUAGUUAUACUCCCGUAUGCGUUCCAUCUUCCUCAGUAACAAGAGCCCUGGCUUUAAGCUUGGCACAUAACCACCCAGACUAAAGACUACUUUUUUUUAUCUUCCCUUGAGGCUAUUUGCAGCUAUAUGGUUAAAUUCAGCCCAAUUGAAUACACGGAGAAGAAUCCUGUGGUACUUAUGACUGACUUUUUGUGGCAGGUAGUGUGCUCCUCUUCACUACUUCCUUUUUCUAGCUGGCUGCAAUACUGAUAUAGUGGCUGGAGCUCUGGCAACCAUGUUGCACCAUGAGGUAGAGCCAUGUUUGUGAUCUGUGACACAGUAAGACAGGAAGAGCCUGGGUUCCUGAUGGUUGAAGAGCUUCCCUAACAAUCUGGACCGAAUACCUUCAGACUUCAUUUGUGUGAGUGAAAAAUAAA